GUCAGCAGCUGCAGCCGAGAGAGAGAGAGAGAGAGAGCCUUCUUCUUCUUCUUCCUGGGUCCCUCCCUCCCUCGGUCUCUCCUUCCCUCCACAAUCCACAGAUCCCGAUUCGAUCAGCCGCCAUGGCCCGCUCCUCCUCGCAGUCCCAGUCCUCCGUCGGCGGCGCCGGCGCCGGCGCCCGCCCGCCCACCGUUGGCCCCCGCGGCACGGCCGCAGCUGCCGCCGGCAUGCGCCGCCGCCGCGCCACCGCUAGCGCCGGGGGAGGGGGCUUCUCCGGCGGCGGAGGGAGCAACAUGCUUCGAUUCUACACCGACGAGGCGCCGGGCCUGCGCCUCUCGCCAACCAUGGUGCUCGUCAUGUCGCUGUGCUUCAUCGGAUUCGUCACCGCCCUCCACGUCUUCGGCAAGCUCUACCGCUCCCGCACCGCCGCAGCCUCCGCGUGAUCCAUGCCAUCAGAGUAGCAGAUCACAAGGUUUUCAAUAUAUCGUCAUCAGUCUACUGUUGUCUUGCCUAGCUUUCCUUCCUGUGCUAGAUCUGGAGGGAGAUGAAUGGAACCCUACAACUUAAAGUUAGUGAUGCCCUUUCUGUUUAUCCUUCCCCUUUCCUUUUUUUAGUUUUUAUUUACUCCCAGAUGCAAAGAGUUAUGCCUAGUCACUGUAAUCAUGGGGGUUGCUACAAUUAAUUUUGCAUCUCAGCAACUUAGCGUGUGCUCGAGGAUUUCUACAAUCGUGCAUCUUGCUUCUAAAUUUAUUACUUGCUUAACCA